CAUUAAACAAUUGCAAUUUGCUUUCCACCAAACCUCUUCAAGUCUUAACAUUCCUGAGAAACUCUCCCAUAAUUUAAAACCCUCAUCCUCAUGUUUCUUCCCAGUAAGAUUUUCCUUCCAAUAGCUUUUCCAAUUCCUCAAAAUUACUUGCUUUUUCCUUCUAUAUUAAUGUUACGACUACAUUCUUCAAAAAAUUUUCAAUCCGAUUAUCGCAAUGGAUCACGAGAGGGGAGUAGAACUCCGUUGUGAGUCUAUACCGAUUUUUUCCGGCUCCGAUGAUCCCAAAAAUGUUAUUUUUUUCCAUCGGAUUCCGGAGCAAGGAACUGGCAUCCAACAUGCAGAUUUGCGCAAUUGUUCGAUGCACAGCAAUGUUGUAGCAACUGUACAAUGUAUAGAUUGUGUAAACAAUGGGAUGCCUAUCCAGUAUAGUUAUCAUUGCUCAAAUAAGUGCUACCAAGAUGCAUGGAUGAAGCACAUUAUGUAUCAUCAAUACAGAAAUGACAACAAUAUUUUUAAUGAGGAUACUAAAAAGUUGGGAAAGAUCAAGGGAUAUAAAUCUUGGCCACCUGCGGAUAUGGUUUCAUGGUUUGAUGAAAAGCUAAUAGUGGUUUUACCACCCGGAGGGGAGUGGGUUAACAGGUUGGGCUCUUUAAAUGGUUUGAUACCAUUUUCUGAUGGUGUUGGCUUUAGUUUCCAGCUGCAAUCUUCAAGCCUUUAUCAACCAGAAUUGUCUUCGUGUGGAAAAGAGAUUUUUGUGACAGACCCUAUCAUUCAAAGGCUAAAGUUAUCACCUCGUUCUAUAGUUUGGCUUCCAGAUUCAGCAGAGCAAGAAAAGUUGGAGGCUACAACAAAGGUUGCUAUAGCUGAAAAUAUUAACAUUCUAACUUAUAACAUUCUGUCAGAUAUAUAUGCUUAUGCAAACAAAUAUCCUUCCUGUCCGCAAUGGGCCUUGACAUGGGAAUACCGCCGGAAAAAUCUGCUUGAUGAAAUAAUGCUGUAUGAUGCAGAUAUUUUAUGCCUUCAAGAGGUUCAAAGUGAUCACUUUAAGAAUUUUUUCAAGCCAGAGCUGGAAAAAUAUGGCUACUCUGCUGUCUACAAGAAAAGGAUUAGAGAGGUAUACACAGGUAAUGGCUACACAACUGAUGGAUGCGCCAUAUUUUUCCGCAAUCACUUAUUUAGGCACAUCAUAUCAUAUGAGCUUGAGUACAGCAAAACUGCAUUGUCACUGAUGGGAAAACUGGAUCCAAUCAUGAGAAAUCAAGCUGGAGUUCGUGUGAUUAAGGACAAUGUAGCUCUUGUUGUCAUAUUGGAGAUGGUGGACAAUGCUGCUGAGAAUGCUUCACCUUUUUCUAGGCUUUGCGUGGUCAAUACACACAUAUACGCUGGCAGGGGUUUCCCAGAUGUAAAAUUACUCCAGGUUUCUGAUCUUAUUAAUGAGAUUGAAAAGAUUAUUGACCCAAGAAUGCCUCUCUUUAUCUGUGGGGAUUUAAACUCUCUUCCUGGAAGUGAUCCUUAUGUUCUACUUACAAAAAGUAUGGUGAAUCCUAAUUCAACAGACACAACUGAUCCAUUACAUAUAUUUGAGCGUCUCAAACUCCAACAUUCAAUGAGAUUGGCAAGUGCAUAUGCAUCUGCAUACCUCAAGGCUGUCAAUGAUAGCGAAGGAAAAACAAUGAUCACAAUGGAUCCUAAAACACACGAACCGUUUUUUACCAGUUUGAAUCAAUCCCGUGGAAGUACUCUGGAUUAUAUCUUUUACACAGAGGAUAGCUUGGAAGUUAAAGGUAUUUUGGAGCUCCCGAACUUGAUGAGUGUGGCUACACUUCCUACCCCUUUCUGGUCAUCAGACCAUAUCGCUCUAUUGGGAGUUUUUAAAAUUACAAAGCCAUUCAUUCAAUGGAACAAUGCUCUAAGAUUGCAGGGUGCAAAUGAUGGUAUGUCUUGAAGAAAUAUAGCACAUUUGUUGAAACAUAUUGAGUAUUCUUUUGUGAAUUUUGGUUAAGGAAUCAUAAUAGCCAAUAUCAUCUUACAGUCACAAUCAAUACAUGUAAUUUAAAAAAAAAAAUAGAGAUGAGUUUUUUUUGUUUUAAAAAAAAAAUUCCCAAAUAAGCUUUGGAAAAUUGAACAUUUUGAGAAUUUUUUUAAUAAUAAGCUUAUUUUGUUCAAGUUUUCAAAUUUUUUUUAACUUGGUUGUGAUUUGUGGCCCGGUGGGUUUUCUCUUUGGAGACCAAUAAUCAGAGUUGGAUAAUAUGUACCAUGUCUUGGAUCUUCACAUGUAAAUCAAAAAGUACAUUUGUAUACAUUGAGAAAUUUUCAUAUUUAUAUAGAAGUAUAUAGAUUGUUUUUAGU